AUGCUUCUAUGUUGCAUUGAAUUUUCCUUGAUACACAGGAGGGAGAUAGGAGGUGCAAGCCCUCCCCAAAGAAACUGGAAGGGAAUUGCGAUUGCCUUGCUUGUGAUCCUUGCUGUGUGCUCUCUCAUCACCAUCUCAGUCAUCCUCCUAACUCCAGAUGAUACUUCAAAAACAGCAGAUGCUCGACUAACCUUGGAUGACCUGUUCAAAAUCGAGUUCAAAAUACGUGACCCAGAAGUGAAGUGGAUCAAAGAUGCCGAAGUGGUAUAUCGGACCAGAGAUGGGCAUGUGAUCAAACUGAAUAUAGUUACAAAUGAAACUACUGUAUUGCUGGAAAACAGCACCUUUGUGGUUUUUAAAGCAACAAAAUACUCUGUCUCUCCAGAUCUCAGAUUUGUCCUUCUUGCAUAUGACGUCAAACAGGUCUAUCAUUACUCUUACACUGCAUCAUAUAUUAUUUAUGAUAUACAUACCAGGGAAGUGAGGGAACUGAAUCCCCCAGAGGUGGCAAAUUCUGUAUUACAGUAUGCAGCAUGGGGCAUAGCAGGACAGCAACUGGUCUAUAUCUUUGAAAAUAACAUCUACUACCAGACUGAAGUAAAGAGCAGUGCCCUGCGCCUUACCUCAUCGGGAAAAGAGGGGAUAAUCUACAACGGCAUAGCAGAUUGGUUAUAUGAAGAAGAGCUGAUGCAUUCCCAUGUUACCCAUUGGUGGUCGCCAAAUGGAGAACAACUGGCAUUUCUGAUGAUAAAUGACACUUUGGUACCAAAUAUGGCAAUCCCACGAUUUACUGGUAAUCUGUACCCAAAAGGAAAACAAUACCCUUAUCCUAAGGCAGGACAAGUCAAUCCAAUCAUCAAGCUGUUUGUUGUGAACCUUUAUGGACCAACUCAUACCCUUGAAUUGAUGCCACCAGAAAAUUUCAAGUCCAAGGAAUAUUACAUCACAAUGGUAAAGUGGGUCAGCAAUACAAAGACAGUUGUAAACUGGCUGAACAGACCUCAAAAUAUCUCCAUUCUUACUACAUGUGAAAUUACAACUGGGGCUUGUUCUAAGAAACAUGAAACAGUGUCUGAACUCUGGCUUUCUAAACAGAAUGAGGAACCAGUGUUCUCCAAGGAUGGCAGCAAGUUUUUUAUGACUGUGCCUGUAAAACAAGGUGGUCGUGGAGAAUUCCAUCAUAUUGCUAUGUUCACUCUUCAGCCUAAAAGUGAACUGAGCAGCGUGCGUCACCUGACAUCAGGAAAUUGGGAAGUCACACAAAUCCUUGGAUAUGACGAAGUUCAUCAAAAGAUAUAUUUUCUAAGUACAGAAGAUUCAACAAGAGGAAGACAUUUAUACAGUGUACACACUGUUGGAUCAUUUCAUCGCCAGUGUCUUUCCUGCACUUUCCAUAGAGAUAACUGCACUUAUUUCAGUGCCCACUUCAGCCCCAGUAAUGAACACUUCAUACUGCACUGUGAAGGUCCUAAUAUACCAAUGGUCUCCGUCCAUAGCACAAGCAAUCCAAACAACUCCUACAUACUGGAAGAUAAUGCUGCUCUGCAUGAAUGUAUCAAAGGAAAAAGAAUCCACAAACCAGAAUACAGGACAGUUCAUAUUGCUGAUUAUGGUGCGUUACUUAAGUUUAUUUUGCAUUAUUUAAUUAUACGGGAAUGGUUUAUACAGUCCAGAUCCAGUGAUUUGUGGCUGUUCAGUCUUGUGGACACUAAGUGUCCAAUGAAGAUAAGAUUAAAAAGAAAACAGACAAGGUUUUGCAAAAAGUACAAUUCUAUAGCAUAUGGAGGUUAUGUCACUUCCAUGAUUCUUAGUUCCACUGACAGAAUCUUCAAAUGUGGAGUUGCAGUAGCACCAAUUACCGACUGGAAGUUAUAUGCUUCAGCAUUUACAGAACGAUAUCUUGGAUUACCAUCACGAGAUGAAAUCAUUUAUCAAGAAUCUAGUGUGUUACAAAAUGUUAAUGAAAUCAAAGAUGAGAGUUUCAUGAUUGUACACGGCACUGCUGAUGCAAAUGUACAUUUUCAGCACACAGCAGAGCUGAUACAACACCUGGUGAAAGCAGAAAGAAACUAUACGCUACAGAUUUAUCCAGAUGAAGGCCAUUUUAUUACAGCUGAAAAAAGCAAGCAUCAUAUGUACAGUGCUAUCCUCAACUUUUUCAGAGAGUGCCUCAAGCAAGAAACGCCUAUAUUACAGAAAGAACCAGAGGACGAUGAAUAAAAUCAGAAACUCGUUAAAAAGGAAAAAAAGAAAGAAAACUCAAUAUACUGAAGACAAAGCUAAUAGUCCAGAACUCUCAAAACCCAGCAUUAAAUACCACUGUUAGUGGAAGUGCAGAAGUACCAGGGCAGCUGCAAGAAAUUUACAGAAACAGCACAUUAGAGAUUAUGAAUCUGAUGACUGGCAAAAAGGAUUUGAAAUUCAUGUGCCAGGUCCAGGAUUAUUUUCAAAGGAACCAUAUUUAAACAAUUUUUGGGAAUACGUUGACCUGUUAGCACACUUAAACAAAAGUCAGAAUUCCAGUUGUGCAUAUGCAUGUGUAUUUUGUUUGGCUUCACUGCUAUAUAGGUUAAUACUUGUUGACUGGUAACAACAUUUAAAGAGAACACAUUUAUUUCCUUUUUAACUUCGUAUUGUCACUUGCACAAAAAUUAUGACAUAUAUAUUAUGAUGUGCAUUCUUUUUGUCAGAAAUCAGACAUUGUAGUUUGCAAAUUUAAAACCAUCCAGCU